AAUUUGGUAACAAUACUCGAGGUGACUGCCGGCUGUCUGUGGGGUCCUGCCUAUUCAGGUCAGCUGCUAAAUUCAUUGGAUACUAUCCCACCUGCUGUUACAUCAGAUCACACAUUAUUGCUUCUCUUGCAAUCAAUAGGAUGCGUACUCACUGAAAAAUUAUUUAUUCUGAAGGUGUGUCCUGCUUCUGUAGCAGACACACUAUUUAAGUUAGGCCUUACAGGAUGUGAUGCUGACAUUCUCAAGCAUCUCAUGCAUGUAGGCUUAGGUACUUUGUCCCUCAAGGAUGAUUGAUGCUUAAUGAUAAGGAAGGGAGGAGAGAGAUGCUGCUGCCAAGAGUAAGUUAUAGAGGAUCAUCUUAUGAACAUGAAUCCAGUGUUGUGUUACAGAUACCUAAUUAAUGACUUUUAGAAUGAAUAUUUUGAUAUAUAUUUUUCUACCAUUUACAGUACGAAAUGUAUUGAAUGUUUUACUAACACUUUCACGGGUACCUAAUGAUAAGAAUAAUAACUUUUUCAAGAAUUAUAAUUGUGCAAUAAAGUAAUGGAAGGAGAACUGUGUGUACUUAUCUUAGAGAUCAAAUUCUAGUGUCACAAGGUAAUUUUUAUUGUUCUUUGUUUUUAUUUGUUCAAUAUAUCAUAUAUAAUGAAAUCAUAGUAGUCCUAGUAGUCAGUACAUUUGUUUAAGUAAAACUGGCAAAUAAGAUAUCAUUGGAAAGUUAUUGAUUUUCUCUGAGUUUUGAAUUAAUUAAUAGUAAUGAGUAUAAUAUAUCAUUGUUUUUAUAAACAUGUACAGCAAAAUGUUUUGUGACUGACAAUGUUGAAUGAGUUUUGAAACAGGUUUGGUAAACUUCAACACUACUGAGAAUUUUCUCAUGUUAUUGUUAUUAUGCAAAAUGUUCAAAGAAUGAAUUAUCACAAAUGUUCCUGUUCACUCACACUGAAAAUCAAUCAAUACAACAUUAGACUUAGAUAACAGUCAAAAUGCAAUUUGAUUCCACUUAUUAAUAUCGAUGCAAGUGAAGUGCAGUAAUUCACAGUUGGUUACACCCACUCUCCUUGUUUUUCAUUGAAAUUCUCUCAAUAUUAUUUUGAUUUGUUUGUUAUUCUAUAUUUGUGUUUAAAUAUUUUUGACAAUAGAAUAAUAAACAUUAAGUAAUAACGGGAAGAUAAUAUUGAGACCAAAUAUAAUAUACCUGGCUGAUUGAUUUAUGUAAUUAAUUUCAAUAAAAUUAUUGGGUAGGGACUGUGGAGGUUAGUCCACUGAACAUCUCUUCAGUCUUGGACCCAGGGACAGCAGAGAUGUGAUCAAAUACAAUCACAUGGCCCACUGAAACACUCACUGAACACAACACUCACUGAACACAAUGGGGAUUUACCUUGCUAGGAUAUAUACAUCACAUUGUCUUGCAAGCAACUGAACCUGUCACACCACACAUCCCCAGUGCUACAUCAGGAUUUGGUUGACAUGUCAACUUCAACACUUUCCCAGAGAAUACUUUCUAGCCACACUGCACAGUUAUCAAUGCUAGAGGAAUUCAUGGUUUCGCAUGGUCUGGAACAUUGUUGGUGUGUUGGUUGACAUUACAAUGCUGUAGCUGGAUUGCCCUGGCAUCUAUUGAUGAAAUAAUGACAGUUAUCCAUAUUUUGUCCUGACAUGGAAGACUGGGAUAGAACGUGCAUAUUUCUGGUCAUUAUAGAUAUCAUUGGACAGCUCUACUAUACAGAGGUUAAAAAAUCCCCUUCUCCUGGAAUAUCCGGAUGUACAUUUCUUUCUUGGUAUCUUCUCUUAUAAAUUCUGCCUCAAUUGUUGAUAUUGCAACUUCACCACUUCUUGUAGUCUUGGGAGACUGAUCCACAUCUCCCAAAGAAGAUAUAUGUAGUUAAUGGUCAUCUGUAAUGAAUUAACUAACCAUAGUCAAUGUCCAUGUAGUCUGCAAGUGGAUUCUCUGUUUGUGUAACAGAUUUCUGGGUCCAUGGUGUCUUGUAGGUUGUGCACAACUCUCUUUGCUGCAAGUCGAUGGGAUGUUUCAAAACAGUCUUAUUAAGCAAACAGUCUUGUGUGUGCAAUGUGUGAGUGUGUUGUCAAACAAGAUAGAGUUGUCAGCGUAAAUGCUCUUGUUAGAGUAGUUUCCCAUAUGCGAGUCUCAUGCAGGCUGGAAUGAUGUAUGGAGGAGCUUGCAUUCCGUCAUAUCAAAUAUGUGGAGGAUGUUCUUGAUGCAUGUAUUCUUGGCUACGGAUCCCAAACUGUUGACGGUGAGGUAAUAACUCGCUGGGGAAUUUUUGAUAAUCCUAGUGUCACACACAGGUUGGCUGGAGUUGGCUAACUGAGCUCUGACAGAUGAGUCUUGAAACCAGUGAAUAAUAUACCAGCAGUCAUGAUGUGGAAAAUUUUGAAGUAUGAAAAGUCAUAAAAGAAGUGAAGUAGUAAAUGUGAGAUCACAUUCACUUCAGAGAUGUUUGUCCAGAGCUCUGACCGAUAAAAUGAAUUGCCAGUAGCUUAGUAACAGUUCCAACAGCUUUGUAUGGAAGUUCACUAGCUUAGUAAUGGCAGUGAAUUACAGUCUUUCAAAUACUUGCUACUUGCCUUCAUAGGAUUAUUAUGAGGCAGAUCUUUCCCUGAACUAGAUCUUGUUUGGCUGCAGGAUUUUCCUUUCCCCUGAGACAUCAUUGAAAAGCUUGUGAACAGCCGUAACUUGCAACUUUAGGUAAGAAUAAAGAUAUUGGUAGUUUCAGGUGUUGCUUCAUACUAAAAAAAACUGAGAGAAACAAAUGUCAUCUAAGAUGAAUACAAACAUUUUGCCUCUUUGAAAUGGUGAAACAUGAAAGUGUGACAUUUGUGUGAUGUAGUCCUUGUCAAGUAAGCCUCUUCACAACUCCCUUACUACAGCAAACAAUAUGUUGAAAUUUAUUUAGAUUUCCAAAGUGAAUUUCACAAAUGUUUUCAAGAUUUCUAAAGCAUUUUAAUUUUAGCACAGUUUACCAAAGUGCCUUUUAUAGAGACUAAUGUUGAAGAGUUCUCUACUCAUGACAAGGAACAUUUUAUGUUUGGAAAAAAUAAUCCUGCUAUAGUGUUAGAUUGAUUUUCUAUAGAACUGAUUGAAUUUCAAAAUGAUUUAUCUUUAAAAUGGAUUUCAAGCUCUGAAAAAAUAUUUGACCGCUAAAGAAAAUAUCCUGAUAUUUGAUUUCUAAAUAAAACACCCACUUUCAGUCCCAGUUGAUCUAAAAGUGAAAGCUAUAUUCAGGUUUAUUUUUCUAGAUGGAAAUUUAAUAAAAAAAGAACAACAGAAACGGAUGUAUGUUUUUAAGCAAUAUGCAAAUGUAACAUUUGAAAUAGUUCUUAUUUUUUGUUCUGGUUUGUUUUGGUAGCUCACAGUAAGGUUGAAAAGCGGUAUGGUUGUUCUGAAGCUUCAUAAAAGUGUUAAACACUGCUCUUGGCUGAUUCAUCAAUACCAACUGUGAGGACUAUUUCCAGACAGCUUCUGAUAUCGUUGAGGUACUUCACUUCAAAGCUGGCUCUAAAUAUUUUCCAAAAAUAGCUGUUACCUACCAAGAUGUUGACGUAACAAUGAUUACGUGCUUGUCACUAGUGCUCCUUAUGCCCCCAUUGACAGAGUGGUGUUCAGGCUGUGUGGAAUCAAUCUUAAUGUAGUGCAAGGUGCCACACCACUCUUAAGCCAUUCACAGUCUUUAUGUGGUAGAUCUUAUUGUUGAUAGCUCCCCAGCAUGGUGUUGGUAUGUUGACUUUAGCUCGUGACUUAAGAUCUACCCCGGAUGAAGUGUUCCAGUUAUGUUUCCUGUUAUAUUAAAUAGUCUUCACUUCUUGAAUUUUCAGCUCUUCACCCAGGGGAAUUCAUAUGAACUUGUAAGGUAUGGUUCCUUGAUAUCAAUUGUUGUGAAUUGCUGUCCUGUAAACAUUAGAUCUUCUUUGACUUUGCUGUUAAAAUUCCUACAUAGGGGUACAGAUCCAUUUAUGUUUAUAAUAAUCAAUGAUGCUGACUGGCCGUUGACACCUUCAAUUUUUCUUUCAUUUUGGCUUCGGUUUGGUGUAGCUCUGCGUAAGAUUUGUGUAUGGAUGUGUCCAUCUUUUUCCUGUAGAUUAGAUGUAAAGCCAGCUGUCCCAUGUAAGUAUAUUUACUUGCAUGUAAAAGAUUUUCAAGCCUAAACGACACAUCUGAGCUACAUUCAAAUCGCCUGUUUUGUCCCCCAAGAAAUAUAUUCUUUCUCUGUUACUUGGUGAAAGGAGCGUAGCGAAAUUUGCAUGGUCAGACGGAAGAGCGAGCCUGAUGGCUCGAGUCUCGCCACGUAAAAUAAGGCAUCAAUUCAAUUCAAGAUGUUGGCAGCGUGACUAGAGAACUCUCUCUGUUGGUUCCUGAACACUUUUGCCUUGAUCAUUGAUGGUUUGAAAAUCUUGACAAAUCUUUCUGCUUCUCCAUUCAGGGAAAUUUCACUACGGAAUGUAGAAUUCUACAAAUUGUUCAAAAUAAAUGCUACAAAUUUUGAAAGUAUGUAGGACAUUGAUGGUUAUCUCUUUUUGUCAAUGAAAACAUACUGUAGAAAUCACUUUUCACAGAAUUACUCAAGUGGCAUUUCUGUCAUCACACCCCUGAUGAGGAUUAGCUUUGACUAGAAAAAUUCUGCCAGUGCAUGUUCUGACAAACACUCUGCGUAGUCUUCAAGCAGCUGAAUCAUUGCCUGUAGCUACCGUGUCCACAGACUGUGUGUCUAGAAACAUGAAACCAUCUACAAUGGCAUUUUAAGAAAUGGGAAGAUCAACAUUAAUAAUAGAAAAAGCAUUACUGCAAGGCUGAUGCACAAUGUGCAAAACAGCAAAAAGUAACCUUCUCAAGUGCAGUGGCCCAAGAUGUGGUCUUGCCUGGGAUGGGGAAAUAGGGGGCAAAGGGGUGAAGACUCAUAUUCACCAAGUUUGAGUGCAUCAUGAGUAGCAUAUAGAUAAUAAGGUGCACUAUCCCAAAAAUGCUGAAUCUGUAACUUUUAAAUGAGAUUUUUCAUUAUGUGUUCAUUGGCAAAAAGUAAUAAUUUUUAACCUUCACACAUAUCUUGGAAAUUUGUGUAAUUUAUUCUGAACAACUCUAUAGAAUAGAUUUGGUUGCUUUAUAUUCAGGAUUCACUUCUUUAAAAGCUACAUUUGGUUUUAUUAAACUGCUCUCAAUAAUGUUUAAUGCUCCAGGAAUGCCUAGUAAAGAACAAUACUUCUUGCACAAGUUUUUGUUUUUUGUUCAUUUCAGAAGUUCAACGAUGAGUUGUAUGAGAACUCCUUUGUUUAUGGCAUGAACCGUUUUCUUCUUCGAACGAUCUCAAAAUCGGCUUAAUGGUAGUAGCUUGGGAAAUGUUACUAUUUUUCACUUUUCUAUCUGUGCACUUUCUUUUAUUACAUGCCUGGACCCAUGACUUACUGAGAUUUUUGAAUGAAAUGUAGCAAAUUUUAUUGAUGGAAUCAUUAGGGUGAGGUCAAGGUGUUUGUUUCAGUGAAAAAACAAGGCAAGGAGGAAGAUGUCACGCAUUGAAUAUUGUAAAGUGCAUACACUUCCCUUUUAGUGCUUUACAAUUAAUGUUGUUGUGGACUAGCUUGAAGAUCAGGGCAAUAAAAAUUUUCUUAUUAAAUUUUCUCCACCUGGAAAUAUUAACUUAAAUCUUGUGUUUUGACUGUUAUGUGGUUUUAGCAUUUUUACUUUUGUAGUACAAGACAUUUGAAUUGUAGGUAUAAACCUUCUAAAUAUCGUGUACAAGUGGAAUACCUAACAGAUGUAACAACAUAUCAAAGAUAAACUAACAAUUAGGUAAUAAAAGUCAGGACAUUAAAGUACCUGUUUAUACCUGAAGAACCCUGCAUAUCUAAAUGAACUUAAUAUUUUACCUAAGAACUUGUGAAAAAUAUUGUGUAUCAUAAAUAAUUAUUGUACUUGGUAAACAUUUGUAGUUGGUCAAUAAUGAUACUAGUUCAAAAUAUCUUGUCAUUGUGAUUAUAAAGUUUUGAAAUCAUAUUUCAAAUUUUUGCAAUAAUCUGUGCCAAAUGUUCUUUUAAGUUUAAGUUGUGAAUUACUAUUUUGCAAUAAAAGUUUCCUUUGAAGUUCCUAAGCACAACACUGAAGUUUUUAAGUAAGGAAAGUUCCUUUUAGCUUUGAAAAAAGUAAGUUCUUCCAGUAGAAAGAAGAGACAUGUUGAACAAUCUACAUGCUAAAAAGAACAUUUUAUAAAGUAGAUUACUGUUGAAAUUGCAUUUGUGUUUACUGUGAUGUGGUGAUGUCUCACAUUCACGUAGUUGGUUUCAAGUACGUUGGUGUCUGUAACGUAACCACCAUCAGGACUCUACCUUAGGAUCUUCCGGUCAGAGGAAUUGUAGUGACAUCAGUUGAUGCCUUGAGCCACAUCUCCCGGUCCAUCUAGAUAUUUAUCCAGAUGUUAGGUUUAGAUGAGAGAAUCGGAACCAUAAUCUUUCGUGUGUAAGUAGAAGAGUGGUUGGAGUCGUAACAGAAGACAGAAAUGUUCCAGGAUCCAGCACAAAAACUUUGAAAAGGAAGUGAGAUGUAUUUACUGAACACUUGUAGUGUAACGUACCAGAAA